CUUACUCACCACUUUUUACAGGAUUCCGUGAUAAAAUACUCACUGAAGUUGUCGAGCGGCACCGGCGAAGAAUAUGACGAAAAAAUCGAAAUUGACGCUGAAAAGGAAACAGAAACGUUUCACGUACCAAAGACUUCGCCUGACGAAGAAGCAGGAGAUAUAAUCUACGACUUUAAAAAGGUAAUAGAGUUUUAUUUUCACUCUUGGAGGAAAGGACCGUGCAUAUAAGCGGUGGGGAUUAGCGUCCUUGGGAGUUUGUAACCCAUUUCGGAUCAUUAUGAAUUAUAAAAGGACAUGAUUCAAAGUGAUCUUAAAAUUCAGCUUUGCAAUAUAAUUGCCGUUGACGUUUGUGCCAUCACCGUCUUCUUUUCAAUUUUAAAGAUUUCUUCGGUCUUUUUUAAGACUUUCAUACUUAAGAUUAAAAAAAGCAAACAAGCGAACGCCAAAAAAACACAAACAAACAAACAAAAAAUACGAAGCGGAACCAAACUGAAACAAGCCAAAAACCAAACGUUGUUAUUGACCUGAUUUUUAAAAAUAGGAGACUGAGAGUUAGCAGCCCCAUUGAAGCGACGUUUCUAAUCAUUUCCAAAUAAAUGCUAUCUGAACAGGUUAAUUAAUGCAUAGAAGCCCAGCAGAUUUACUGAAUGACCCAUCCAUAGCGGUUGGGCUAAAGUUCUGCGUAAGAUAUAUUUUUUAAACAAAAGUUUUAACUAGUUUAUUGAACACGAUAAGUCAUGCAUCUUAAAUUAAAUCUCAACAGAUCAGUAACGUUUACUGAAGUGUCAAUAUAAAUCAGUAUUUAAAACCUUUGGACAGUAUGAAUCCUUGCCGUAACUAUUCACCAAAAAUAUUUCUUUUUUUCUUUUUUGAUCAAUAAACGAUAUGGCACUUUAACGUAAAAACGUUACCUAGCUAGCAGAAUUUCUUUAAAAUGUUUUUGACGAGACUUUGAUUUCCACGCACAGCCAACGCUAACAGCCUCAGAGGCUUGUAAUUAGUCCAUGCGACGACUCACAUUGACUCAACAAAACUGCCAAAAUACUCCAUUCACUAAAAUGACGUGAAAUUUCGCGGGAAACGUCAGUUGACGGCGUGAAAGCGCGCGGAAAGGACUAAACACCACUUCCGAUGCUCAAUUUGCCGCUCUGCCAUUGGUCAAGAUGGUCAAGCCAGUUGUUUGGUUUGCGCGCGCCGUCGUCAACUGACGUUCCCGUUCUGUUGCUAAAUCAGCCUACUGACCUCCAAGGGGUUCUGGUUGUCGAUAUCGAUUUAAUCAUUAUACUUAAUUCCAUUUUUCCUGCAGAAAAUGACAAUGAUACGCUUGCCAGCAGCAAAGGCUUGCUAUUUGACCCAUUCAACUGAUGACGCUCUCAAGCCCGCGGACCUAAUGAAAGCUUUAGCAUUGGUAAGUGCCAUAUACAGUUAAAUCACCUUUGUGAUUCAAGCCAAUUGGAUCAUCAGGAAGUUUACGAGAUAAAAUGCUAGCUCACAAAAACCAUUAGUUUUCCACCGCGGCUGCCCUGGUGUCUGGAUUCCUAUCGCUUAAUGCUGGUCUUUCUUUUAUGGAUAGGUACCUCCUAAAACAGAUGGAGGGUUGCCAAAGGCUCGAACUGACAUAAAACUAAAAGUUGUAGGAACUCUUGAGGACCGAUCAGAGCUAAGUGAUGAAAUGGCACGUUUGUGUGCCAAGCUGCAAGUCUACGCAGUGGUGAAAGGAGACGUAAAUCCCAUUGACUUUAGCGAAACAAGACAAACAACUGACCCGAAAAAUGUUCUGAAAGCACGUAAGUGAUAAUGAAUAAGAAGUUCUGGCCUCUGCUACGACUCAGUUUACAGUGUUUGCUCAGUCAAAUAAGAACAAGGUGCAUGCCCCUAUAAAAUGCGUUAUAAGUCGGUUUAAUCAUUUCGAAUCCAUUUUAAUUUGAGAGGUUUUAAAACUGACUCAGCCACAUGCAGUUAGAGCCCUGAUCUUUGGCCCUAAUUAUGUUAGUUGUUAACGGUAAGGGAUGUAAUACUUACCCGAAGUGUACUGUGCCUUUUUUUCUUUCCUUAGGUAAGAAACGACAGUCGCCUGUUUGUAAAAAGGUGUGUGAGUGGAUCCGGAAAAUGGUGUGCAGAAUUGUUUGCUGGUAUGUUACUGAGUAAACUCUACUGAGUUUACUAUUUUUGCCUUCAGCCAAGUGAUAAUCAAUUCAGAAAUUGUUAUUGAUCACUCAAUGUAAUAUUUAUGUUAUCUUAUUAGGUUCGUCAAUGAUUUGCUGGGUCACGGCAACACCAUGACAACGGCAAUUACUCCGGGCCCGUAACAGUCCCUCCCCCCAUGAGAGAUAGGAUUGUAGAGAAAGUCAAUAAUGUUAAAAUAAUAUACUUGGUAAGCUUGCAUACCUGGAUAUCUACUUGGUGUGUUCCUUUUUUAUUUCUGUUUAUUAUUAUUAUUAUUAUUAAUUUUUAGUUUUAGUUUUUUAUUAUUGUUUUGAUAAGCAGUGAUGAUGCACUUCUUAAAAAGGCCAGAUAGAGCUAUGUGAAAACUAAGAAUAUAGAUGAGUCAUAGAUGGAGGAACAUGUAGUGCACGAUUUGUAAGCCAGUUAAGUAAAAUUUCAUAUGAAUGAACUAAAGUAAAUUACAGAGGAAAUAAACACACUUAGUUGAGGGUAGAAUACGGUGUCUGUCAUUUCAAUCUUUAGUGGUUAUGCACCCUUUUCAUAAAUGGCGGGUCUAAUAGCUCUUCUUUUAGAUGUAUGUAAAUGAGCCUUGCUAGCCUCGUCAAAUGAAAUUUCUGGCGAUUGAGUCGCUACGAAUUAGCCUGAAAUUAAAUAUUUCUGCGGCACGGGAGCAGCAGGCCGUGGGCCUGGGUCUUUUUAAUGUAGUUGCAUCAUGGGUAAUGGCGUGUGAGUAUUUAAGCUUGGGAUUGCACGUGGGCAAUCAUUCUAGGCCGACACCACUCACUAUAAUUUUUUAUUUUUGUUAAUCGCCUUUUAGGAUGGGCUGCAGAGCUUGGGCCUGGUUCCUACCCAGAUUUCCUGUUAUAUUUUUUCCCUAAGGGUUUUUUUUCGGCAGGUUUUUUCUGGCCCCAGUCUAACCACUGUGUCUUGUUAGUGGUUGCCAAGCUCUCGUUAUUUUCCUAGCUGCUAUUGGAGGGACUUAGAAGAUAGUGUUAGAUUUCAAUGGUUUUUUGUAUUAGAUUACUUAUUGUACUCUGGUGCUCGGCCAAAACACGCAAAAUAAACCUAAUGGUUCAUUAUGUGCUCUGUCUGUUGCGUAGUGAAGCUGAAAUCAAGUGUAAUACUGACAGAAUUUUCACUCAAAAACGAGGCUUGGAAGAUUUUUUUGCAUUUACACAAAAGAAUAAUAAUUGUGCCCGCCUUUUAUGAGGGGUCUAGGAGUCUGAGCCGUGGCGAUGAAAGAAUCUAUGGAGUAAGACGUUCCGUUUUUUGCCCAGUUCUGGAGAAAGAACUUUCUGGAAAAUGCAGAGUCUGAAAUUUCUAUUGCAAAUAAGAUUUUCUCGCUAUCCGCCUUUCGGUUUUAUUCUGACGUACGCGUUUUGUUUCCUUUCUAUCAUCGUUUCCAUUUCAGUUCACGUAAACGUUCCCUUUACGUUUCCUUAUGCAUGUAUUCCCGCUUGUGUCUCUACUUCAGUUCACGUAUGCGUUCCGUUUGCGUUUCACUUCCAUUUUGUGUUCCCUACCUGCGUUUCCAUUUUAGGUCACGUACACGUUCCCUCUGAGUUUGAGUUACGUUGUGUCGUCUAUCUGCGUUCCCAUAUACGUUCCAUUUGCGUUCCGUUUCGGUGUUUUCCUUUUGUGUUCCAUUUUCCCGCUCUUUUUCUUUAUUUGUUACACAGUGUGCACUAUCAAUCCGUUCAGAUUAACGUUAUCGCUGUUCGCGUGUUUUUUCUUUCUGCGUUUUUCUUUUUUUUACCAUUUUUAAAAUAGUCCUUUUCAAGGCGCAUUUAAUUUUCCCCUUUUCGCCCAAUUCGAUGCAAUUUCUGUCGCGCUGAAGUUGCAUCCCCCCCCCCCAAAAAACGACGUUUGAAGAUAUUUUAAAAUGUUGUCAAAGUCACUCAAAUAAGGAGCACAAAUAAUUUAAGAAGAGUUUGAUGCUGGAAUGGGGACGUGUUGGAAAUUUCUUGGCUGGUUAAUCUUAGCUUUUGACUCGAAAUUUGAAGUGUCUUUUAUGUACAGUGAAUCCAAAAAUGGUUAAAAUGCGUAUUGAUUCAAAAAAGAAGACUGUUGUAGGAAGGAGCCAUCUUAUAUUUAAUAUUUUCCAAGAGAUUAACCUCUAUAAAAUUUUGUUUUUGUGUUUGAGCUAUCUGAGAUAAUUUCCAAGAAAUAAAACUUUCCUUUUGGGUCAAAACUUGAAAUUUCCUCUGUGUUUGUUCGUCGCAGAAAUGGAUGUUUGGAAUCGUGAUAUGGAAUAUUCAUAAAUUUCGAAGAUUUAGAGUUUGGGUUGAGGCCCGCCCACCAUAAUUGUGAACGCUCUCAAGACUCACAAAAGCACCAAGUGAUUUUUUUCAUCCGCUUAAUAUAAUAAAAUCAUGCAUCACCUUACCCAAUUUGGCAACCAUGAAAAAUUUAAAUCGAUAUUAAAUUAUUUGGUCUAAAAAGGAUUGUUCUUAGAACACCAUUUUUCAGUGUUUUUAAUUUUAAGCUAAAUUAAGGUUAAAAGAAGGCCGAGAGACCCUACCCCGAUCAUUUUCUCGUUUGACUGUGGUUCAGCUUUUGGGCGGCUGCAUCCCUGAAAGAAACACCAAAAAACCGCCUGGGGGAGAAUUUUAUUUUUGUUUGGUUUCGCCAAUAUCGCAAUGUAAACAUAGGCACAUUAAACGUGCAUGAGCUAUUUUGAAUGCUUCAGUGUAACUAUAAUACUUCGGUUUAACCUUACCAAGAGUGAUGCAUCUACUUUUUUCAUCCUAAAUGUAGAUUUGGUUUUUGUGCGAAAUUGGGUAUUGCGCUACACAGAUGAAAACGCGAAACGCUCAGCUAAGUCGAUCCCCAACCCAUAUAUUCACUUUCCUCUGUCUUUCCCUGUUACAUCUGGUGCAAGUUAAACAAAUUGUUAAAGUAAAAAAAUUUCUACUCACCAAACGUUGAUUACAAGGAAAACUCCAAGGUUUCCUCGGAGUUUCUUGAGCCAAAAUGUGACUCAUCGAAUACUGAAUAGUUACGAAAUACCAGGAUUUUUAUCAUUGAGGUAGAUGGUUGAGGCCCUGCCAGGGGGGGCUCCCAUUUCGCUCGUCUGAAUUUUAAAACGUCACGUGUCGGUGUUUAUUAAUGCUUCACGUCGCUGUCGGAAAUUGAACGAAAAUUCUUUGUCUUUGUCGGAAUUUUAGAAAAGGGGGAUAGCGAUGGGUUUUAAAGAAACCAUUACAGUUGAGCAAUUUCUCAGUUAACCUAAUUUUUAGGGGGCAAAAAUAUGCGUAUAUCUACCGUUUAAAUACUAAAAUACGUUAAACAAUUCUAUGUUUAAGUGGUUUUGAACUAUAUUCUCGUUGGGUGCCCCUGAAAAAUGAUAUCUGUUAUUUUGGCUGUCGAAAGCUUCGUAUGUAGCAACAACCUGUAGCAGCAAAUGACAUUUCUUUUUAAUGUCAGGGCUUUCACGCCAUGAAGGUAGCCAGGAAUUGAGAAUUGAGCUUUGCACACACUGUGCAAUACGGUAACACUUUCUUUAAUUUCGUUCCUUCAAAUUCUAUCAAUUAACACUAUCCCUUAUCGUCUACACUUCAGUGAAGUCAGGUUAGAAUACUAAUUUUUCUAUCUCGUAAGGUUUCAAAAGUAAUAUAAAGGGAUGAAGGGAAGCAUACAGACUGAGCAUACAUGUUCUUAGCCAGCGCUCGUUAAUAAAAUUGAUAAAGAAACUUGUUAAAAUGUCAAAGGUCGAAUUCAAACACAAAUUUGCACAGAAAGACCAAGAAAGGAAAACACGGAAAGAACUCACGGUUAUAAUUCAACUGUACUAAAUCGCUUUUAUUUUUUCACCAGAAAAUCAAGUUGUUCUUAUCUUGUCUUGCUCUGCUGGCUGUCACUGUCCGGUCCACCUCCUUUCUCGAGCAGAAAAAGGUAAGACUAGUUAGACUGUUUCCCUCUCGGCCAAUUCGCUCUCUCCAGUCCUACCGAGCUUAGACUCGACUGACUGAAGAGGGACUGCUCGCAGUCUAAUGACUAGUAUGAGAAAUCGUUACUUCCUAGUUGUGUUAAUAAUGUUACGCUUUGACACUUUUGUAAUGUAGGCUAUUAUUAGCGGGUUGAAAUCUUCAUCCUCCGUUUUGAAAUAUCAAUCUAGUCAAUCAUUUGUAUGGGUAAUAGUAUGAUUUGUAGUGAUAUUUGGCAUAAAUACCACAAGUGAUAUUUCCAAAUUGUUAUACGUAAUUUCACAAGCCGUUAGGCGAGUGAAAUUUGAGACAAUUUUGAAAUAUCAUGAGAGGUAUUUAUGCCAAAUAUCACGUACAAAUCAUCCUAUUAUUUGUUUAUACUACUACCCGCAAAAGGUUUGUAAUUUUCACAUGUAGGUAUUUCAAAUUAAGCUGAAAUACCACUGCUCUAAGCCAAUCAAACUGCAGAAAUUUCUCAUGUAGUGGUAUAAUAACAAUAAAUGUCGGGAGCCGUAAAUGUAUAAAGAGCUUCAUUACUGACCCGUUUUCUUGGUGUCGAUUUUAAUUGCCUUAACUAUUACAACCAGCCGCCGGAUUUGCAGGUUAAAGUUUAAUUGCACUAAAUACUGCCCUUUCAACUAAAUAAUGUUUUAUUUUUUUAUGACAAUGUUUAAAAUUUAUAUAACUUACUCACCACUUUUUACAGGAUUCCGUGAUAAAAUACUCACUGAAGUUGUCGAGCAGCACCGGGGAAGAAUAUGACGAAAAAAUCGAAAUUGACGCUGAAAAGCAAACAGAAACGUUUCACGUACCAAAGACUUCGCCUGACGAAGAAGCAGGAGAUAUAAUCUACGACUUUAAAAAGGUAAUAGAGUUUUAUUUUCACUCUUGGAGGAAAGGACCGUGCAUAUAAGCGAUGGGGAGUAGCGUCCUUGGGAGUUUGUAACCCAUUUCGGAUCAUUAUGAAUUAUAAAAGGACAUGAUUCAAAGUGAUCUUAAAAUUCAGCUUUGCAAUAUAAUUGCCGUUGACGUUUGUGCCAUCACCGUCUUCUUUUCAAUUUUCAAGAUUUCUUCGGUCUUUUUUAAGACUUUCAUACUUAAGAUUAAAAAAAGCAAACAAGCGAACGCCAAAAAUAAACAAACAAACAAACAAACAAACAAAAAAUACGAAGCAGAACCAAACGGAAACAAGCCAAAAACCAAACGUUGUUAUUGACCUGAUUUUUAAAAAUAGGAGACUGAGAGUUACAGCCCCAUUGAAGCGACGUUUCUAAUCAUUUCCAAAUAAAUGCUAUCUGAACAGGUUAAUUAAUGCAUAGAAGCCCAGCAGAUUUACUGAAUGACCCUUCCAUAGCGGUUGGGCUAAAGUUCUGCGUAAGAUAUAUUUUUUAAACAAAAGUUUUAACUAGUUUAUUGAACACGAUAAGUCAUGCAUCUUAAAUUAAAUCUCAACAGAUCAGUAACGUUUACUGAAGUGUCAAUAUAAAUCAGUAUUUAAAACCUUUGAACAGUAUGAAUCCUUGCCGUAACUAUUCACCAAAAAUAUUUCUCUUUUUCUUUUUUGAUCAAUAAACGAUAUGGCACUUUAACGUAAAAACGUUACUUUGCUGGCAGAAUUUCUUUAAAAUGUUUUUGACAAGACUGUGAUUUCCACGCACAGCCAACGCUAACCGCCUCAGAGGCUUGGAAUUAGUCCAUGCGACGACUCACAUUGACUCAACAAAACGGCCAAAAUACUCUAUUUACUAAAAUGACGUGAAAGUUCGCGUGACAGUGAAAAUAGGCUGAUUUAGCAACAGGACGGGAACGUCAGUUGACGACGGGAAAGCGCGCGGAAAGGACUAAACACGACUUCCGGUGCUCAAUUUGUUGCUCUGCCAUUGGUCAAGAUGGUCAAGCCAGUUGUUUGGUUUGCGCGCGCCGUCGUCAACUGACGUUCCCGUUCUGUUGCUAAAUCAGCCUACUGACCUCCAAGGGGUUCUGGUUGUCGAUAUCGAUUUAAUCAUUAUACUUAAUUCCAUUUUUCCUACAGAAAAUGACAAUGAUACGCUUGCCAGCAGCAAAGGCUUGCUAUUUGACCCAUUCAACUGAUGACGCUCUCAAGCCCGCCGACUUAAUGAAAGCUUUAGCAUUGGUAAGUGCCAUAUACAGUUAAAUCAUCUUUGUGAUUCAAGCCAAUUGGAUCGUCAGGAAGUUUACGAGAUAAAAUGCUAGCUCACAAAAACCAUUAGUUUUCCACCGCGGCUGCCCUGGUGUCUGGAUUCCUAUCGCUUUAAUACUUGUCUUUCUUUUAUGGUUAGGUACCUCCUAAAACAGAUGGAGGGUUGCCUAAGGCUCGAACUGACAUAAACCUAACAGUUGUAGGAACUCUUGAAGACCGAUCAGAGCUAAGUGAUGAAAUGGUACGUUUGUGUGCCAAGCUGCAAGUCUACGCAGUGGUGAAAGGAAACGUAAAUCCCAUUGACUUAAGCGAAACAAGACAAACACCUAACCCGGAAAAUGUUCUGAAAGCACGUAAGUGAUAAUGAAUAAAGCUGAAUAAGAAGUUUUGGCCUUUGUUACGACUCAGUUUACAGUGUUUGCUCAGUCAAAUGAGAACAAGGUGCAUGCCCGUAUAAAAAUACCUUAUAAGUCGGCUUUACGAUAGUCUGUAAAACGUAAAUCAUUUCGAAUCAUAUUCAUUUUAGUUUGAGAGGUUUUAAAACUGACUCAGCCACACGCAGUUACAGCCCUGACCUUCGGCCCUUAAUAUACACUUAUUGUGCUCUGCCUUUUUUCUUUUCUUAGGUAAGAAACGGCAGCUCCUGAGACAUGUCCUGAGACGUGUUUGUAACACCGUGUGUGAUUGGGCAUCUAACAAAGUUUGCAAUUGGGUGCCAGAUAGUUGGGGAAAAACGAAACGGGUUUGUCACUUCAUACGGCGACCGGUGUGCAGAAUUGUUUGCUGGUUUGUUGGGUAA